UCCUUACCAGUCUAUACCUUCAUUUUACGAGCAAAUUAAAGAGAAAUGGCUUCUCUCAAAAACAAAAUAACCUGUUGUUUUCAUGGAAUUUUAUCGAAAACCCUGCCUCUUUUGCUUCUUUGGACAGUUGCUGUGCGCGGGACUGAGUAUAAAGACGGGGGAAAGGUUCCUCUGUAUGUGAAUAAAGUUGGACCGUAUUUUAAUCCUCAUGAAACCUACCAUUACUAUUCCUUACCAGUGUGUGUGCCAGACAAGAUUGAACAACGAAGUCUAACCUUGGGCGAAGUGUUGAAAGGAGAUCGAAUGGCUAAAGCUGUGUACGAGAUAAAUUUUAAAGAUGGAUUUGAAAAUAAAGAAGCUUGCUCUAAAAAGCUGACACCAGAAGAAAUUGACAGUUUGAGGAGUGCUAUUGAAGACCAUUAUUACUUCGAACUUGUGUUAGAUGACAUUCGUCUCCAUGGAUUUGUUGGUCACUUCAGCGAAGGCCAUCUUCUACCUCACACGCAUAGCGUAUCCUUGUUCACCCACCUCCAUUUCUACAUUGGUUACAAUGGACAAAAAAUUAUAUUUGCAAAUGUGUCGACAGGUGCACUUGAAUUAUUGCCUGAAAGUAGCGAAGCGAAAAACAUCCAGUUUACGUAUGGAGUCGAGUGGGUUCAGACGAAGAUAAAAGAACGCAUGAAAGAUUCUGAAGGUGAUUUCUUUCCACAGAGCUUGGAGAUUCACUGGUUAUCAAUUAUCAACUCAGCUGUUCUAGUUUUUCUCUUAAUUGGCUUUGUAGCAAUCAUCUUGAUGAAAGUUUUGCGAAACGACUUUGCUCGUUAUAAUGUCAUUGAUGAAGAUGAUAGCGAAGGGGGAAAUGAACAAGAUGAUUAUGGUUGGAAGAUCAUCCACACAGAUGUAUUCCGCUUUCCACCAUAUAAAAGUUGGCUUUGUGCAAUUCUGGGAAAUGGAACACAGUUUCUCACAAUUUGCUUUGGGAUUAUUUUCAUGGCACUCUUCGGAAUGUUUAAUGUUCACAGGCAUGGGUCAAUGAAUACAGCAGCUGUUCUUAUUUAUGCUCUAACCUGCUGCGUGUCAGGUUAUGUGGCAAGUUCAAUGUACAAGAAGAUUGGUGGACAAAAUUGGGUUUGGAAUGUUGUUCUGACUGCCUCUUUAUUUACAGCACCAUUCUUCCUAAUCUGGAGUAUAAUGAAUUCAGUAGCAUGGUAUAAUCAGUCAACACAGGCCUUGCCUUUCACAACAAUAGUCCUUCUUCUGCUGAUCUGGUUAAUUGUUGGUUUUCCUCUGACUGUUAUUGGUGGCAUCUUUGGAAGGAAUUGGUCGUCUCCAUUUAGUGCACCAUGCCGCACCAAAAAUAUCCCAAGAGAAAUCCCACCAGUUGUUUGGUAUCGGUCAGCUUUUGUGCACAUGUUAGUUGGUGGCUUUCUGCCAUUCAGUGCAAUAUCAGUGGAAUUGUACUACAUAUUUUCAACAAUCUGGGGUCAUGAUCACUACACAUUGUAUGGAAUACUGUUGAUAGUUUUCCUCAUCCUACUCAGCGUCACCGCUUGUAUAUCAAUUGCAUUGACAUACUUCCAAUUGUCCAGUGAAGAUUAUCGCUGGUGGUGGAGGUCUAUUUUUAGUUCUGGGUCAACUGGUAUGUUUGUGUUUUGCUAUUCAAUGUUUUACUUCAUGAAGCGUUCGAGUAUGUCAGGUGCAGUUCAAACAACGCAAUUUCUUGGUUGGACAAUCUUGAUCUGUUACAUCUUCUUCCUCAUGUUAGGAACUGUCGCUUUCUUCGUCUCACUCCGCUUUAUAAAGUACAUCUAUGUCAAUCUAAAAAAUGACUAAAUUUAGAACCAUUGAAUUCGGAUAACAAUGCUCAAUCCUUCCCCAUAAGUAACUCUUAGAUUUUAGAAGGUUUAAUCUGCCUUCUUAUAAAGUGAAUCUUAACUGAGCAUCUUAUUGAGAUCUAGGACACAAAAAAUAUGCACUUUGUGAAUUCCGGGUAGAGCAUUCUCUAAACUUCUCUUUCCAAUAUUUUAUUUUCUGUUAAUUUUUCUGAUAAAAUCUGUACAAAAGUAGCUAAUCUUUGGAUGGGAAAGUAUUUUCAGGUAAAUACAGCAUGAGUAUAAUUAUGGACGGGUAAAUUUAAUUUAAUUAAGGCCAGUUCAAUUACUUGUAGUUAUCAAGGAUCAGGGGGGGGACAGGCAACACUAUAUCUUGAGGGGAAAUCCUUCCAGAUUCCUCAAGUUAAAAAGGUUAACUUUGUGUGUCCAAAAGAACCAUAUUGGACACAAAGAUAAGAUAUGUUUUUAAAAGAAAUCAGUUUUUGUAAACAUAUUUGAUAAAUAGACUGACUGUCAUAUGGACAUAAAUACUUUAUGUAAGAUUGUAAUAAGAGAAAUUGCUCUGCAUGGUCAAAAUUUAUUAUAGCCAGCACAAGUACCUUAACUGUGGACUUCAUGUGUUAUUUCCUUGUUCUCUUGUUGAGUGUAUCUCAGCCGUUUCCUGGCAGCUUUACAGCAAUUUAUUAACUAAAAUUCCCAUAAAGAAUAUCCUUGGUAACUGUGCUAGUUCACACUACACUCAAUUUUAUAAGCUGUGUUCAGGUGACCACUGCAAAACUAUCCAAGUACAGAUGAAAUUGGUUCGGGGAACCCAUUUUAGCUGUGCUAUGUAAAUAAAUGUGUGUAGUAGUCUUAUUGCCUGAGUUGUUUUGACAGCGAGCGAAUA